UUAUGCUUCAUUCAUCUGCGAUGAAGAUUUUGAUGAUUAGGAGGGGUUUACGGUUACUGGCCACCGGAAAUUUGAACUCCUCGCCGUUGAUUUACCGGCGGCAUUCUUCUCACUCGACGUCCUCUUUCUCUAGUUCGUCUCGGUUGAAUGCUAACUUCGCCGCAGAUGAUUUGCUGCUCGGCGAUCAAUUAGCUACCUUGGCUUCCAAAGCGGAGAUUGUUCCGAAUCUACUUCAGCCUGGUGUCGUUGUCUAUGACGGCGUUUGUCAUCUUUGUCACAACGGUGUGAAAUGGGUGAUUAAAGCUGACAGGGAUAAGAAAAUCAAGUUCUGUUGCUUGCAGUCAAAGGCUGCUGAACCUUACAUGAGUGUGUGUGAUCUUGAUCGAGAUGACGUUCGUCGUCGCUUCUUAUUCAUUGAAGGCCCAGGUUUAUACCAUCAAGGCUCCACUGCUGCACUGAGGGUUCUAGCUCACUUGCCAUUACCUUACGCUGCGCUGAGUUGCCUCAUGAUUGUACCUACUCCUUUAAGGGAUGCUGUUUACGAUCAUGUUGCCAAGGAGAGGUAUAAAUGGUUUGGGAAGAGUGAUGACUGUUUGGUCCUCCGGGAACAAGACUUGCUUGACCGCUUCAUUGAUAGAGAAGAGUUGCUUGAACGUAGCCGAUCAGUCUUGUGAAAUGCUGCUUCAAUGAGUAUGAGAGUGGAGGUCGUUAUUAACAGGAAGUUCCAAUUAACAUUCUUUUGGAGUUGUAAGUAUGUAGUCCAUCCAUAGUAUACAUACACUAAAUAUAAUCACGAGUGUGAAGAACUGGGAAUGCCUUCGUUUUUUGUCAUUGACGAAAAGUACAACACGUUCAAGGGGAGUAUACUAUCUGUCCAGUUACUUAUGUAGACAUUCUUUAUAGUAGAUACUUCUGACUUGUUGGUUAGCUACUCGCAUUCAGUUGUACAUUUGAACCUUUUACCUGUUGAGUGCUUAAUCAAUUCAAAAGCGGC